GGGGAAUUAAAAACAGAGCAGAGUGCAGCCAAGAGAACGCCAAAGAGGAAGAUGGGCAGCCUCCUCCAGAUCCUGCUGGCUCUAUUCGUCUCUGUUAUAGGUGCCCUCUACCUUCUGGGGUCUUUUCGGCGCAGACGAGCUGGAGAACCCCCUCUAGAUAAGGGCCCUAUUCCCUGGUUUGGCCAUGUGCUGGAAUUCAGGAAAGAUACGGCCAAAUUCCUGCAGAGAAUGAAGGAAAAACACGGAGAUAUAUUCACAGUCCAGCUGGGAGGCUUUUAUUUCCAUUUUAUCACAGACCCACUUUCUUUUGGCUCUGUGGUCAAAGAGGCCAGAACCAAGUUGGACUUCAGUAAAUUUGCAGAACAGCUGGUUUCCAGAGUAUUUGGCUAUCAUUCCAUUGAAAGCGAACACAAGGUUCUCCAAACAUCAAGUACCAAGCAUCUCAUGGGAGAUGGUCUGGUCGUCAUGACUCAGGCCAUGAUGUACAAUCUUCAGAAUCUGAUGCUCCAUAGCGUUGGAUCAGAAGAUGACAAGCAAUGGCAAGAAACCGGACUUUUUACGUACAGCUAUAAUAUUGUCUUUCGCGCAGGCUAUUUGGCUCUGUUCGGGAAUGAGUCGGUCAAAAGCAUGGGAUCUUUGGAUAAGGCGAAGGAAAUCGACCGGAUACAUUCGGACAAGCUUUUCAAAGAAUUCAGAAAAUACGACCAGCUAUUUCCGAAUCUGGCUUAUGGUGUGCUGGGACCCAGUGAGAAGAUGGAGGCAGAGCGUUUGAAAAGGCUGUUCUGGAGCACGCUUUCAGUGCAGAAGAUGAGAUCCAGAGACAACAUCAGCGGCUGGGUGAGCGACCAGCAACAGGAGAGAGACGAGAAGGGCAUGCAGGAGUUCAUGCAGGACCGAUACAUGUUUCUGCUUCUGUGGGCGUCUCAAGGAAACACGGGUCCUGCAGCAUUCUGGCUGCUCCUGUACCUGAUGAAGCACCCCGAUGCAAUGAAUGCCGUCAAGAAAGAAGUUGAGGAGAUUCUCAGAGAAACGGGGCAGGAGGUAAAACGAGGCGGGCCGCUGAUUGAUCUCACUAGAGAUAUGCUCCUCAAAACACUGGUCCUAGACAGUGCAGUCGAGGAGACCCUCCGUCUGACAGCCGCCCCGGUCCUUACCAGAGCUGUUUUGCAGGAUAUGACCAUCAAUAUGGCCAGCGGACAAGAAUACAAGAUCCGCAAGGACGACAGAGUGGCCAUUUUCCCUUACAUAGCCGUUCAGGUGGACCCAGAAGUUUACCCGGAUCCCUACACCUUCAAGUACGACCGCUUCCUCACGCCGGAUGGAAGCAAAAAGACUGAUUUCUACAAAGGUGGGAAGAAACUCAAGUACUACAACAUGCCUUGGGGAGCAGGAACAACUAUGUGCCCUGGGAGAUUCUUCGCCACAAAUGAGCUGAAGCAGUUUGUCUUUCUCAUGCUGUCCUACUUUGACUUUGAGCUGAAAAAUUCCAAUGAAGAGAUUCCAGGUAUUGAUAUCAGACGAUGGGGGUUUGGCUCCAUGCAACCAACUAAAGACAUCCAGUUUAGAUACAGACUCAGAUUUUAAAAAGGUUUCAUUUUAAUAGUACACUGAAGCUUCAACAAUAUUCCUUAAUGAAAGCAGGCUUUAAAACUGACAUCUGGGUUCUAAAUUAUCCUUAAGUAUUGUUUUUUUUUUUGCUUAUCUCACAACCAGUUUGAUCUGUGUUGCCCAAAGACUGCAUCAGCAAGAAAAACAGAGGUCAUACAGCAUACAUAGGAACAAGAUAUUUAUAAAACAGGUAAUUUUGUGCAUAACAAAGAUCAAAAAGAUCAACAUAUUGUGCUGAUUUCUUAUGUGCUAUUUUAUAGAAAAACAAGAUAUAUGAGGUAUAUAUCAAAUAAAUAUAUUAAUCUCUC